AUGCCUAAGGAAUUAGAACCCUCAACAUGCGAAAAGAACUUCGUCCUCGAAGCCCUCAAAGAGAAUCUCCGUAUCGAUGGCCGGAACUUUGAGUCUUUCCGAGAGCUCGAAAUUUCAUUCGGUGAAGAUUAUGGCCUUGCUGAUGUUCAACUGGGGAAAACAAGGGUCCUCGCUCGUGUCUCUGCCGAGGUUUCAAAGCCAUUCUCUGACCGUCCCUUUGAUGGCAUUUUCCAAAUUACAACUGAACUAGGGCCUAUGGCCUCUCCCGCAUUUGAAACCGGCCGACAGACGGAACAAGAGGUCCUCCUCGCACGUCUUAUCGAGAAAGCCAUCCGCCGCUCGAAUGCCAUCGAUACCGAAUCUCUUUGUAUAGUUGCCGGUCAAAAAUGCUGGGCAGUACGUGUCGACGUGCAUUUCCUCCAUCACGAUGGAGGGCUGAUCGAUGCAUCUUGCAUAGCAGCUGUAGCUGCUCUACAGCACUAUCGCAGACCUGACGUUUCGGUUGACGGCGAGAAGGUUAUAAUUCACACACUCACGGAACGGGUACCUGUCCCGCUUUCAAUUCUCCAUAUCCCUAUCUGUGUCACCUAUUCAUUUUAUCAUGGCGGGGAGGUGUCUUUGGUCGAUGCUACACUACAAGAAGAGCAGUUAAGAGACGGAGAUAUGACUAUCACACUAAACAAGUUUGGUGAGGUAUGCCAGAUAGCGAAAGCAGGUGGUUUGCCUAUUGGAGCAUUGGCUUUGUUACAAUGUGCGAGGAUUGCAUUGGUCAAAGUGCAGGAAAUUACCGCGUUUCUCCAGAAGAGACUUGAGGAAGACUCAGCAGCGAGGACAAGAAGAGACAACUUGUUGGAAAGCACGGCGCAGAACGCAAGAUAA